AUGGGUAACAAAUUCACAAAAAUUGCAUUGGCGUCUGUUUUAUUCUUCUUCGCCUUUUGGUCUUUGACGCUUACAAAUAUAGACUAUCCUCUUCUUACAGAAUACUUUGGACCAACAGUUUCUGGAUCUGCCGUUGGAAUUGCAAACUUCUUUUUGUUCAUUUUCGUCGCAAUCUAUCAGCAGAUAUCUGCAGCCAUUAUUCCACUAAAUGGAUCACAACCAACCCCAUCUGGUGUUCCAAAGUACGAAUGGCAAGGUUACAGAAACGGAUUAUGGUUAUUCGGACUUGUAUCUUGUGGAGUUGCCCUUAUCUUUGCUCUAGUUGCCAAAGAUGAUAACUCUGAGUGCAUUUGUAAAUGCAAGAAACAAGAAAAGAGCUUGGGACCAAAUCUCAUUGAUGAAUAA